ACAGCUCACUCCCUAUUUGGUCUACCAAUUAUCGAUGAUGAGACAGCCAUCCACAUUGAAUCCUGUAUUUCUCCCCAUUCCUCCCACACUGAAUACCUCCGGCAUGCAAGUGCCAUCAUUUGGGAUGAACUCCCAAUGGCCCAUGUUGCUCUCAUCGAAGCUGUCGACUCCUUAUUGCGUCAAAUUAUGGGAGCCAACAUUCCUUUCGGUGGAAAAAUAGUCAUU